AUUAGCGAUGGUGUUCAUAUCAUAUGACACAUUUCAGAUCCUUGAAUUGUACUAUGGAGGAUGUCAGCAAUUUAAAUAAGUUGUAUUUUAUUUAUUUCUUAUUAAAGAAAGCAUAACGAAAGGUUAGCAAUAUUAACGAUUGCAAUAAAUUCGAUAUCUGUGUUCGAUAUUUGAAGUCGGUUGCAUGUAUCGUUGAGAAUCAAAAUCUGAGCAAAACAAAGUUGAAGAAAGCAAUACGAAACACAAUACCGACUGUAACGAUGACUGAUGAUGGUGAUGAAAGAGAAACUAUUUGCGAUUCAGUGGCAUCGCUUGUUGAAGGAUGUCGACUGCCUGUCCGAAUGCAAGGAGGGGACGACUGGCCCCUUGCAGAGAUCAUCAGUGUUAAGGAAGUAAAGUCAUCCAAACGCUAUUAUGUGCACUAUGUGGAUUUCAAUAAGCGGCUAGACGAAUGGGUGACUGAAGAGCGACUGGACACAAGAAAGGUUCAGUUUCCACGUCGAGAUGGACCGACUCAAGCUGGUGGUACAAGUACACCUAAGAAAGUGGGAGGUGGAAACUCGUUGUCACGUCCAGCAUCUCCGCCCAGUGGUCCUGAGAUGCAACUCAAUGGAAGUGCUGUUCUUGCGGCUGCCCUUCAGAAGAAAAUGUCCCGCAAGAGGAAAGGAAUUUCUCUGGAGAGUGAGGACUCUCUGGAUGCAUCAGGUCCUGCGUCCAUUGCUACUGGUACUCCAUCUUGUCCUCGAAGUACUGGCUCCAUGGUAGCACACAACGAUGACAUUGUCACGCGUAUGAAGAACGUUGAGAUGAUAGAACUCGGAAGACACAGAAUUCGGCCUUGGUACUUCUCACCAUAUCCACAGGAAAUGGUUCACUUAACAUGCAUAUAUAUUUGUGAAUUUUGCCUUAAAUACCGGAAAAGCAGAAAGUGCUUGGAAAGACAUCUGGCAAAAUGCAACUUACGCCAUCCACCGGGGAAUGAGAUCUAUAGAAAAGGGCGGAUUUCCUUCUUUGAGAUUGAUGGUCGGAAGAACAAGGCUUAUGCUCAGAACCUUUGCUUGUUAGCGAAACUGUUCCUGGACCAUAAGACUUUAUAUUAUGAUACAGAUCCUUUCCUUUUUUAUGUUAUGACUGACUUCGACUCACGAGGAUUCCAUAUAGUUGGUUACUUCAGUAAAGAAAAGGAGUCUACAGAGGACUACAAUGUUGCUUGUAUUCUCACAUUGCCACCGUAUCAAAGGAAGGGCUGUGGAAAACUGCUUAUAGAAUUCAGUUACGAAUUGUCAAAGUUCGAAGGCAAGACGGGAUCUCCGGAGAAACCGCUGUCUGAUCUGGGUCUCCUCUCCUACCGCAGCUACUGGGCCCAGACAAUUCUUGACUUCUUGGUAAAUGUCAAGCCAGUGGGAGACAACGAAAAGCCGCAAAUAACGAUCAAUGAAAUCUGUGAGCUUACAAGUAUCAAGAAGGAGGAUGUGAUCUCUACACUUCAGAACUUAAACCUCAUCAACUAUUACAAAGGUCAAUACAUCAUUACUCUGAGUGAGGAAACAGUUGCAUCCCAUCAGCGUUCCAUGGAGCGCCGGAAGAUACGCAUCGACCCCAAAUGUCUUCAUUGGACGCCCAAAGACUGGUCUAAGCGAGCUAAGUGGUGAGGAUGACAUACUGGGAUGUGUAAGACACUGUGCCAGUUUGUCGCUGUGCAAGUUUUGCAGGAUGGACUGUGUUUCAUAUAGUGCAGCACUAUGAAACCACCAACAUUCACAGAAAGUGUUUAUGACUUUUCUAAUCACUGUGCCAAAGAAAUACACACUCGACGCGCGCGCCACACCACACACGCACUACUAACGUAAACAAAUGCCUAAUUUUUUUGCCAUGUAGUGGACAAGGCUAGGCACUGUAAGAUAAAAUCUGAUGUUAUAAAUGUCGAUGUUUUUAAUAUCUGCAAAUAAAAGCAUUUAAAACAUGA